AUGGGCAAUGCCUCCUCACCUAGCAGGGUGGGCUCCAUGGACUCCACCCUUGCCUACCUUACACUUCUAACUGUUCUGGCACCAGCUGCGGCCUCGUCCUGCAAGGCCCACACUGUCAGCAUGGUGGGGCAACAGCAUUAUUUGACUAGAAUCACCGGAGGCAGUUUAGGAAACAAUCGAGUCUCUCAUCUCCCCAGGGACCAUUUGCAAGAACACCAACCAAAAGCUAAUUAUACCCCUUCCAGAAAUACUGAGAUGCAAAACCAAAAAAUAAACUUUGGAACAUAUGAUAAUUAUAUUCCAGUCAGUGAAUUAAGCAAAAAAUCAUGGAAUCAGCAACACUUCUCCCUGGCAUUUCCCAAACCACAGCGACCAGGAACAAAAAGAAGAUCAAAACCUUCCCAACUACGAGACAACACAGCUCCUGUAAUUAAUGAAGAAAAAUUAAGAAGUCGUAAACAACCAUUAUGGAUGCACCGUUCUUUAAUGAGAAUUUCUGAAAGACCAUCUGAUUAUUUAGCUGCUCGGAGGAAGCCUCCACCCAAACCAACUCCUUCCCCAAAGGGUGCUGGGGAAAAACCUUCAUCCCCAGAAGUAGGUAAGAAAGAAAAAGAUGACAAGAAAGCAGAGAAGGAAAAAUCAGAUUCAGAACCAGAAUUAAAAGGUAAAAAAGAUUCAAAGAAGGACAAGGGUUCAGCCACAGAAUCUGAAGGGGAAAAGCCAGGUUCAAAGAAAGAUGACAAAAAAGGUAAAAAGGAUUCAAAGAAAGGCAAAGAUUCAGCCACAGAGUCUGAAGGGGAAAAGCCAGAGGCAAAGAAAGAUGACAAAAAAGGUAAAAAGGAUUCAAAGAAAGGCAAGGAUUCAGCCACAGAAUCUGAAGGGGAAAAGCCAGGUUCAAAGAAAGAUGACAAAAAAGGUAAAAAGGAUUCAAAGAAAGGCAAAGAUUCAGCCACAGAGUCUGAAGGGGAAAAGCCAGAGGCAAAGAAAGAUGACAAAAAAGGUAAAAAGGAUUCAAAGAAAGGCAAGGAAUCAAGAGAUGCCAAAAAAAGUAAAAAAGAGACCAAGAAGGGCAAAGACGCACCCACAGAUUCAGAAGCUGAAAAACCUGGUGAAAAGAAAGAUAAGGAAUCAAAGAAAGGUGAUGAAGCAAAGGACGCCAAGAAAGACACAAAGAAAGAUGCAAAGAAGAAAGACAGUAAAAAGGACAAGAAGGAUGAAAAGAAGCCUGGAGAGGCAGAGGGCGAACCAAAGGAUGACAAGAAAGGGGCAAAGAAAGAUGCUGGAGACGCAAAGAAGGAUGCAAAGAAGGGGGGGAAGAAAGAUACCAAGAAACCCAAAUAG